AUGAGGGCACAUGCAAUUGUGAAGAAGGUGUUUGGAGCCGCCACCAAGUGGUCCAAACUGCUUUCACUCCUGCUGCCGCCGCCACUGCGCCCACCGACACUACCAAUCUUGCCGCCUGAGCUCAUAGAGCUAAUCCUAUUGAGGCUUCCAGCCAGGUCCCUUGUGAAAUUCAAGAGAGUUUGCAAGUCAUGGAAAACCCUAAUCUCCAGCUCCGACUUCACCAAGAACCAAGUUCAACUUUCAAUAAUGGCGGAACCAGCCAUUUCCGAAAUACACUUGGUCUAUACCAACCUUCUCCGACACAGCGACAGCAAAAUUGGAUUUAUCUCCAUUCAAUCUCUGUUGGAGAACCUUUCUUUCGGUACCGAAGUGGUUUACUUCCCCAUGGACGAUUGCGUGAAAAUUUUGGGCUCCUGCAAUGGGUUUCUAUGCUUAAACAAUCAUCCAAAAAACACUGAUUUCAAAGUGAGGUUGUUGAAUCCUUGCACUGGAUUGGCGUCAGAAUGGUUGACACUUUUCGCGUCAGACUAUAACCAACGGAGACCUCCUAUCACCAAUUUUGGGUUUGGCUAUGAUCAUGUCAAUGACAAGUUCAAGAUUCUCGCGGUUGUUGAGAGUUCUACCAGAAUAUACACUUUUGGCGAAUAUUCUUGGAUAUCCGUUCAGGAUAUUCCUCUCCAUCCUCUUGAAUGGAAUGGAACAUUUGUGACUGGCACUGGAACACUUAAUUGGCUAGCUACUAAAAUCGCAUCCUUUAUUACCUAUCCUGUCCAUCAAACUACGAUAGUAGUUCUUUCUUUCAACUUUGGAAAUGAGAGCUACGGUCAAAUAGCAUUGCCUAACUUUGAAGGCGGCAUGAUCCAUCGUGAGCCUGUGUUGGUAACACUAAGGAAUUCUCUGUGCGUUUGUCAUGAAUACAAGAAAUCGGUGUGGGAUUUGUGGAUGAUGAAGGAGUAUGGAAAUGAAGAUUCUUGGACUAGAAUGUUUGUGAUCUCACAUGAUGAGGAGCUUAUUCCUUAUGCUCAUGGUAUUGGUAUAAGACCAUUAUUGCACAUGAUGGAAAAUGAUCUGCUGCUUCUUUUGGUAAGACCUCCUUGGUAUCAAUUAGCUGUGUAUAAUCCUGGAAAUAAGGGUGUUCGGUUUGGAUAUCCUGUGAUCAACUACUACUCAAGUGAUGAUGACAUGCCAAACUAUAAUAAUCCUCGCGGAUGCUUCUAUGUUUAUCGUGAAAGUUUGGUUUCCCCAUCACACUAUGGUCUUAAAACUGACCAUGUGUGA